CAAGUAGAAGAGCGGCGAGGUGCCUGCUGGGAGAGGCUCACUGCGUCUAGCCUCGUCUCUGCCCCGCAUCCUGCGGACGUGGUUCGGAGUUAACCUCGCGCUUCGCACCCCCUCCCGCCCCUUCCCUUCGUCCAGUUGGUCGUGGGGUCCGGAGCGGCCAGCUGUCCUCCAGAAAAAGCAUCCUGAGGAGGAAGAAGACUUGUUACACACCUUAAAGUCAAGGUUCAGAUGAGUUACGUUUUUAUUCAGUCAGUAACUUAUGUUUCUAGGACCUCAGAAUAUGUUUUUUUGGCCUGAAAUGUUCUUUCUAAUAGGGACUCAACCUCAGUAAUUCUUGCCCAAGAGGUGUGAUGGGACCACGCGGGUGGAUGCACACAACACAGAACGGAAGAAUCCAGUGGGGAGGUUCUGUGUCGUGCUUUAUUUUAGGGCUUGAUUUGGUCGGACGAUCUGACUUCGUAAGGUGGCGUCACCAUGCUUCACUGCAGGCCUGACGUCCAGAGCAAAAUGAGAACAGAGAAGCUUUGAUGGUCUGGGCUGGCGAAUGACAAAGUUACCAGCCUUGUGAUGCUCCUAAAAGUGGGGCUUGAACGAGGUCUCUGUCAUCAGAGGCAGGGAUUCCCCCCCCCCCGCCCCCCGCCAGGAAGCAGCAAAGAGGGAUUUGUUGUAUUUUAGUCUCUUGCAGGUCGGACAGCCCAGUUUUCCUGGGUUUCACUCGCCUCUGUCUGAACAGCAGAACGCAGCAUGGUCUGACGCUGAGCGUCAGUCCCAGGUCUAUAGCAGGGUUCCGCAGACCUUUUCCGUGAAAGGUCAUGUGUGCAGUAGCUCAUGGCUUGUGGGCUACAGGCUGCAUGUUCUUCUUAAUUUUUAGAAUGAUUUCAGAUUUGCAGAAAAAUUGCAAAGACGGUACGGAGAAUGCCCAGUACCCUGCGCCCAGUCUCCCCUGCCAUUAACAACAUACAUUAGCGUGGGAUAUUAUUUUACGGUUGAUGAGCCAGGCUUGAUAUGUUAUCAUUAACUGCAGUCCAUGCUUUAUCUGGAUUUCCUUAGUUUUUACGAAGUGUUCUUCAUCUGUUCCAGGACGCCAUCCAGGAGAUCCCAUUACAUUUCCCUGUCAUGUGCCCUUAAGCUCCUCUUGGCUGAGACAGUUUCUCAGACCUCCUUUGUUUCUGAUGACCUUGACGGGUUUUGAGAGGUACAGGCACUUGGCCUGCUGCAAAAGCUUCAGUUCCCUAAGGAGCCGGUAAAGAAGAGACUCGAAAUUACCCAUAACUCUACCGUCCAGAGCGAACUGCUGUGGAUUGUGUUGAAACCCCAGGAGGACUGAUCGGUUCUUGAUUCUAAAACUAUGGCCCACGGCUUGGUGACGUUCUCAGACGUGGCCAUCGACUUCUCGCAGGAGGAGUGGGCGUGCCUGGACUCCACGCAGAGGGACCUGUACUGGGAGGUGAUGCUGGAGAACUACAGCAACCUGGUGUCCCUGGAUUUGGAGUCACCAUACGGGACCAAGAGUUUACCUACAGAAAAGGGCAUUUAUGAAAUAAACUUAUCCCGAUGGGCCGCGAACGGAAAGAGCAAGUCGCGGGGCCUCGGCUGGGUGUUUGGAGGGGAGCCGCGGCGACGGCAGGGCCCUCGGGAGGGCUGUCCGGAUCGAGAGAGAGGCAGCUGUGAGCAGAGGCCGGCCCGUAGGGACGGCGGCUCGGGCCGGCCGCGCCGGAGGCCCCACGCCCGGGAGAGCGCCUACGAGUGCAAGGACUGCGGGAAGGCCUUCAGCCGCUGCUACCAGCUCACGCAGCACCAGAAGAUCCACACGGGCGAGAAGCCCUACGCGUGCAAGGAGUGCAAGAAGGCCUUCCGCUGGGGUAACCAGCUCACGCAGCACCAGAAGAUCCACACGGGCGAGAAGCCGUACGCAUGCGCGGACUGCGGCAAGGCCUUCCGCUGGGGCUCGAGCCUCGUCAUCCACCGCAGGAUCCACACGGGCGAGAAGCCCUACGCGUGCAAGGACUGCGGCAAGGCCUUCCGGCGGGGCGACGAGCUCACGCAGCACCAGAGGUUCCACACGGGCGAGAAGGACUACGCGUGCCAGGACUGCGGGAAGACCUUCAGCCGCGUGUACAAGCUGAUCCAGCACAAGCGCAUCCACAGCGGCGAGAAGCCCUACGCGUGCCAGGACUGCGGCAAGGCCUUCAUCUGCGGCUCGAGCCUGGUGCAGCACAAGCGCGUCCACACGGGCGAGAAGCCCUACGCGUGCCGGGCGUGCGGCAAGGCCUUCACGCGCGUCAACUACCUCACGCAGCACCAGAAGAUCCACACGGGCGAGAAGCCGCACGCGUGCAAGGCGUGCGGCAAGGCCUUCCGCUGGGGCUCGAGCCUCGUGAAGCACGAGCGCAUCCACACGGGCGAGAAGCCCUACAGGUGCGCCGAGUGCGGCAAGGCCUUCAAC